UAUUCUAUUCUUUAUUUGGGUCAUACAAAUAUAUUCUAUUCUACAUAUAUUUAUUGGUUAUGACUGACUGGCCGUUGGACUGCUCUUGUCACUUGUCAGAAUUUCUUUCUUUGUUUCUUUUAAUCAAAUCGAGUGCUCGGUGGGGACCCUGCACUAAAAACAUCACUCAUUUCACAUUAUCUUGGGUAUUGUUUGUAGCCCAUCACCAUGUCUUAAUAAUAUCUAUCUAUUCGACUUCUUGUUGUCAUCUUGUGCACUUUUUUGUUUUCACAUGGUUUCCUGGUUUUGCUGCGGCACUCAUGGCUUCUAAAUCAUGUGUUGAGAGGUUGUUGGGUCCAUCUUCCUGGGAGAAUAAAGGAAGUUGUAAUUUUGAAGCUUUUCCUAAAUGGCAUGCUCUAAAGCUUAUUACAAUCUGGCUCCUACUGCUUUGCAUAAAAUUCAGUUAUUCAUCCAAGCAGCCUGAUGUUGAGGGAGAAGCUUUGAUUGAGUUGCUCAAGGUUCUCAAUGAUUCCAGGGGUCAUAUAACUGAUUGGAAUGAUUUUUUUGUCAGUCCAUGCGUUAGCUGGUCUCAUGUCAUCUGUAGGAAUAAAAAUGUCACAACCUUGAACCUGGCUUCAAAUGAAUUUUCAGGAACACUUUCUCCUUCAAUUACGAAACUGAAGUUUCUGGUUAACUUGGAUUUACAAAACAAUGAUCUAUCUGGUUUGUUGCCUGAUUUCCUUGGUGAAAUGUUGCACCUAGAAAGUCUGAAUCUUGCAAAUAAUAAAUUCAGUGGUUCUAUUCCUGCAAAUUGGGGUCAACUAUCCAAUUUAAAGUAUUUGGAUCUUUCAUCCAACAAUUUAACUGGCAGAAUUCCAAGGCAAUUAUUUUUGGUUCCAACAUUCAACUUCACAGGAACACAUCUUGCUUGUGGCUCAAGCUUGGAACAGCCUUGUAUUUCAACCACUACAUCCCCUGUUUCAACCAACAGAUCCAAAAUUAGAAUUGUUGUAACCUCCGCUAGUUGUGCUGCUCUCAUACUUCUAUCACUUGGGGCUCUCUUUGUGUUCCGGUAUAAUCAAGUCCACAAACUUACACGUGAUGUUUUUGUUGAUGUUGCAGGUGAAGAUGACCUCAAAUUUUCCUUCGGCCAGCUUAGGCGAUUUUCAUGGCACGAAAUUCAAGUUGCAACUGACAAUUUCAAUGAGUGCAACAUAAUUGGACAAGGAGGGUUUGGAAAGGUUUAUAAAGGUGUCCUUUCUGACAACACUAAGGUUGCCGUGAAACGCCUUGCAGAUUAUUAUAGCCCUGGUGGAGAAGCUGCAUUCCAGAGGGAAGUCGAGCUCAUAAGUGUUGCUGUGCAUAAGAAUCUUCUACAGUUGAUUGGGUUCUGUACAACAUCAUCUGAAAGGAUACUUGUUUAUCCAUUCAUGCAAAAUUUAAGUGUGGCAUAUCAACUUAGAGAUUUAAAACCUGGAGAGAAAGGCUUGGACUGGCCAAUGAGAAAACGUGUAGCUUUCGGUGCAGGCCAUGGUUUGGAGUAUCUACAUGAGCAUUGCAAUCCUAAGAUAAUACACCGUGAUUUAAAAGCUGCAAAUAUCCUUUUAGAUGACAAUUUUGAAGCUGUUCUUGGAGAUUUUGGGCUAGCAAAGCUUGUUGAUAGUAAGUUGACUCAUGUUACCACUCAAGUGCGUGGUACCAUGGGUCAUAUCGCCCCAGAAUAUUUGUCCACGGGAAAAUCUUCUGAAAAGACAGAUGUCUUUGGAUAUGGUAUAAUGCUUCUGGAACUCGUUACUGGUCAGCGUGCAAUAGAUUUUGCUCGUCUAGAAGAGGAAGAGGAUGUUCUUCUACUUGAUCAUAUUAAAAAGCUGCUGAGAGAAAAUAGGAUUGAUGACAUUGUCGAUGGAAACUUGAAGAUUUAUGAUCCUAAAGAAGUGGAGACUAUUGUUCGAGUUGCAUUGCUCUGCACUCAGAGCUCACCUGAAGACCGCCCAACAAUGUCAGAAGUGGUGAAAAUGCUGGAAGGAGUUGGUCUGGCUGAGAGAUGGGCUAAAUGGGAGGAGCUUGAACAAGUAAGGAAUCGAGAAUUCUUGCUUUUCUCUCACCAGUUUACUUGGGGUGAAGAUUCAAGUGUAGACCAAGAAGCUAUACAGUUGUCCAGAGCCAGAUAAAUCCAAACGUGAUCAAAUUUCAGCUGAACUUUCAAACCAAGCCGAUUUUGUACGAAUGUCAGAAAAAAGAAUGAAACCAUAGUAUUAUCUAAGUUUUGUCAUAUACUGUGGUUUUGUAUCUAUUACAAUGCUACGUUCACUGCUUGUAAGCGGGGCGUGGGAUUAUGUAAAAUGCAAGUCAUUUUCAAUAAAAAAUUGGGUUAAGGGUUCUGGUCUCUACUUGAGAGUACAAUAGGCUUCAUUAAUAACAAUCUGGGCUAACUGUGUGACAUGCUUUUUUAAAUUAGACCAUCAUCCAAUUUGGUUAUUUUUGAAUUUUUGUUACUGUAGACGUCUCAAUUAGUUAUUGAAUCCUACCCAAUUUUAA